AUGGUAGAAGAAACAAUUGAUAAUCCAACGAAUGUGGAACAAGAGAAUGAAAACAACAUUCAUGUUGAAGAACUUGAUCAAUCUUUGGAUAUAGAAUUGAUUCAAACCCUCAAUGUAAAUGAAUCGAAUGAUGAAGAUGAUGUGGAUGCGGUUAAUAAUCAAUCUGAAAAUCAAGAGACUUUGUUUCCACUUAAUAUUCAUGAUCCAGAAAAUUCAGAUAAGAUUGAUCAAAAUAUUCGGGAUUUUUUAAUUGAAAGGGGUUCAAGUAGAGUUGAUGGUGUUUUAUUUCCUAAGGACAAUAAUGGUAGACAUUUUGAUGCAUCACAUUACAAGAGAUUACAACCUAAUGGCGAAAAAAAAGAUAGAAAGUGGCUUGUGUAUUCAAUUUCUUCCGACAAAGUAUUUUGCUUCUGUUGCAAAUUAUUCAAAACUCAAAGUACCAUGUACAAAAUUGGUCAAUUGGCUAAUGAAGGGUACAAAGAUUGGCAUAACUUGAGUCGUAGUCUGAAAAAUCAUGAAGCAAGUAAGGAACAUAUUGAUUGUAUGAUUAAUUGGAUUGAAUUGGAGAAAAGGUUGGAAAAAAAUAAGACAAUUGAUGAUAGCAUACAAGUAGAAAUCAACAAAGAGAAGGAGCAUUGGAGACAACUAUUAAAGAGGAUAAUUGCUAUUGUGCAUAGAUUGGCAAAAAACAACUUGGCAUUUCGAGGAGAUUAUGAGAAAAUUUAUGCUGAAAACAAUGGCAACUUUUUGCAAAUGAUUGAAAUGAUAGCAGAGUUUGAUCCAAUAAUGAAAGAACACAUUCGUCGGAUACAAUCAAGGGAAACUCAUUAUACAUAUCUUGGUCCUAAAAUCCAAAAUGAGUUGAUACAGAUGCUAGCACAUGAAGUGAAAAAAUCAAUCAUUGCAAAAGUUUAA